UGAACAAAGAUAUCAUUGGAAAAUGUGUCAAUUUGCAAGAAUCUGUUUUUUCGGGUUAAGUGAGAUAAGGAUAAGGAAUUAGGUCCCCAAAAGAACAGACAUUAUUUUUGUGGAUUUAUUUGUGCCAAAAUGAAUACCUUUGUUGAGGAUAAACUCAAGCUUUUGCCCAGUUCCAUGAAGGAUUUGCGGCCUGUGUGUCACUUCCGUAUUCCAGUGGGUCCUUUUCUGGCUCUUGGUCUGUUGCAGGUGCCCGUUUGCAUGGCCUACAACCUGGUGAUGGCCAUUACUACCGACUUUGAGGCGACCACGUAUACGUCCUGCCAAGCCUUCAAUUUUUUCCCCUCCACAUCAGCGGCUGCCAAAUCGCAGCACACUAUUUGGGCUUGGGCAUGCUGGAUGGAGUUUCCCUUUUUGAUUGCCAGUGCCUGGUUGCAGUUCCGUUUUUACCGGAGGACUUUGCCCAAGCCGGUCCGGAGUUUCGGCUGCCUGAUGUCUAUAUUUCUAGCGGUGAAUAGUUCUAGUAUGCUGCUGUGGGGAACCUUUGCCCAAGUGGAUGGCGACUCGGUGCUGCACAUUGCCAUAGCUUUAUCCCUGUUUAUAUCGUGUGCCAUCUAUAUGGCGGGAUCCUUUGUGUGCUGCAAGUAUUAUGUGUGUGAUAGGGACUGGCAGCUGCAUGAGGAGCUGUCCAUUGAGCUAAAAAGCAAACUGGUUUUCUUCUACUUUGCCUCGGUGGUGAUAAUGUGGUUAUUUUACUAUGUCCACCAGAAGUUAUGCCUUCCCUUAGCUUACUCAAUAUUUGCCAUUGGCGAGUUUAUCUCCUGCGAGUGCUUCUGUUUUUAUCUGUGCCUGGCCUACUUCGACUUCCACCACGUCUAUAUAUGCUACGAUCAGAGAAUGGGCGUCUUCCUUAGUGAAAUCUAGACCAUUUCCAUUUUCUUAUUAAAUGUAUUAACAAAAUCGUAUAAAAGAUAACAAAAUACUUAA